AGUAGUGAGGGAUGGUGUUAGUUAAGCAGCUGGAAACAGAAAGAGAGAAGAAAAAGGAGGGCAGGAGGAGGAGAAGGACAAAAUAAGAGACGCAGAGAAAGGGGGAUGAUCAUAUCCAUAUGGCAGAGCUUGUGUUCUUCACUUCCUGGAUAGAGAGAGGGAGAUGAGAAGCCAUCAAGGAGUGAGAGAAAAACAACUGGAAGCGUAGCACAGUAACCCAGAUCUUCUGAAGUUGUUAGCGUAUGACCGGGAGAGAGACCGAUUCAAAGCAUGUGACAAUGAUUUAGCUACAGUGUAGCAACUGUGUAGGUUUUUCUGAAGAUCCCUCGGAAGUAUAGACAGAAAGAAUGAGUGAGACUGGAAGUUCCUAAAACGCUGCGUUCAGGUUCAUGCACCAGCGAUGAUGUGAGGUCACUUAGAGGAAUUCAGGUUAGUGUUUUCAUUUUUUCCACUCUCUCUUCUUCCUCCGCCAUCUGGAGUUGUGAAGCACUUCCUUAUUUUACCAGGGGUCCAUCCGUUCUAAUGUUACGUCUACAUGCCGACCCCCAUGGUUUUCCAUCUUUGCAAAUGGAGUCCAGGUCUAGUUCUCACCCCAAGGGUUGUUGGUGAACCUUUAACUGGAGUUAACUGUUCUUUAGUGGAGUUUUCAGACAUCAGCCGAAGUUCUCAGAGGGGUGUUGCCUUGCCCUUAUAAGGCAAAACCAACUGAGUGGAAAAGUAUUUGAAUUUGUGGUGGUACUGCUCCACUGCCUUUUCAUGUCUGCGCAGUCUGUGGCUGGUGCUUCUUCACUUUUGGUUCCUCAUCUUGGAUUUGUUUGCUGCCAGACAAUAGGUGCUUUUGUCAGUGCGGUGGGCAGCAUGUGUAUGGAUGCUAUGUCAUCUAACUCAGUCUCACUCUGUAAUGAGCUCUCACAAGUGGAAUCAUCGUAGAUCACAAGAGGAGGAGGCCGGUCCUGGAUCUGCCCUCAAGCCAAACAGGCAUUCUGCCUUUAAAACGCACAUGCUCAUUGGAAGGCAAACACAAUAGACAGUGUAAACAACAAAGCUUUUGGAUGCCGGAACACUCUCUGGAUCUGACACUGCAUGCUUAGCUCUUGACAGAGAGGAGAUGAGAGUGAGGACCUCCGGUUUUGGGAUCACUGGAGAUCAACAGUAUCAAUAUGAGAUCUUUCAUCAAACUUGUGUCAACCUCUUUGGUUUUUGGAAAUUAGAUUGUAUUAUAUUCUGCUAGGACACUCUUUUGAAAGCACCAUGACAGCAGCAGCGUGGUACCAUCGGGACAUCAGCCGUGUUCGAGCCGAAGAGCUGCUGGCCCAUGCAGGGAGAGAUGGCAGCUUCUUGGUGAGGGACAGCGAAUCUGUGCCUGGAGCCUACGCCUUGUGUCUGCUGUUCCAGCGACAUGUUCAUACAUACCGAAUCCUUCCUGAUGCAGAUGGGCUACUGGCUGUACAGGCCACGCAGGGAGUGCAGGUGAAUUGUUUCCGUACCCUUAGUGAUUUAGUUGUGGGUUAUCAACACCCACACAAAGGUCUGGUGGCCCCACUGCUUUAUCCUGUAAUGCGUGAAUCAGAGCCCAACGAUGAGAGCUCAGAUGGAGAGGAUGAGAAGCCAGGUUCAACAUUUGUCACCCCUCCACCACGUGCAAUGUCCCCUGCAGGACAGCCUUUACCUUCUCCUUCCAGUUCAGCAGCUCAUUUACUGCUACAGAGGCUUCAGGAGCUCAGGCCAAAUAGUGCAGGCUGUGAGAUUGUACAAUUACUAGAUGAGUAUCUACACAUUAAUGUGUGUAAGGACCUGGAGAAUGUGAAAGGAGGCGCAUCAGGACUGCAACACUUUCAGUGCAUCCUCAGCCGAGCAUGUGACAGUCUGCACAGUGAGAUUGACCAGACUCUUUCCAGUUUGGAAACCUUAGCGAAAGUGUUUGAUCACCCUAGUGGGCACCUCACCUUCUCCACAAUGCAGAAUACAGGGAAGAGCCCUGAAGAAAACAUGGAUACUUUGCUUCACAAGCUCACUGCCCUCUGUAACCUGCUGUCAUCUCUGGAGAAGAGGGUUCUCAAAGCUUUACAAGAAGCUGUAACCAAUCACAACUUAUCGUUGAAACCAGUCAUACCUCCUGAGUCCAUCACAGCCCCCCAAAAACAGGCCAGACCCAACACUGUCCACAGCUUUCAGGUCAAGGUGGUCAGGUAUGGCAGGCAAACAGUGUCAGUAGACGUAGAUGCAGGAGUGCUGCUGUUUGACAAGAAGACUGGCUCAUUCGGUCUUGAGACUGUCACACAUGACAGAAUCGUGCAGUUGGUGAAGAUUCAGAGGAGCCCUGCUAAGCUGAAAAUGGUCAUAGACAGUCAUCACAAUCCUCCGAAAGAACUUGUGUUUGAAAGCAUGAAGAAACGAGAAGCAUUCUGUCGGCUGCUGCAGAUUAUAAAAGCUGCUCACUCCCAACAAUCUGAACUUGAUGUCAUCUCUGUGUUUGUGGGCACCUGGAACAUGGGGGGCACUCCACCACCCGGUUCACUUCAGUCCUGGGUUACUUGCUGUGGUCUGGGUCUCACCCCAGACGAGUCCAUUGCAUCCCUGCCUCAUGAUAUCUAUGCAGUGGGCACUCAGGACAACCCGCAGGGUGAGAGAGAAUGGGCUGAACACAUCAGAGCCACGCUUCGGAGUGCAACCAACAUCGACUUCAAACAGGUGGCAGUACAGUCCCUUUGGAAUAUCAGACUGGCUGUGUUUGUGAAACCAGAGCAUGAAGGACGCAUCAGUCAAGUAAACACUGCUAGUGUAAAAACUGGCCUGGGGAACACACUUGGAAAUAAGGGAGCUGUAGGAGUUUCUCUUCUCUUUAAUGGCACCUCAAUGGGUUUUGUAAACUGCCAUCUGACUUCCGGUAGUGAUAAAACACUCAGGAGGAACCACAACUUCCAAGACAUCCUCAGACUCUUGUCUCUUGGAGAAAAGCAGCUCAGCACUUUUGACAUUAGCCUUCGUUUCAAUCAUCUCUUUUGGUGUGGAGACCUCAACUACCGCCUGGACCUGGAUGCUCUGGACAUAUUAAAGCAUGUUUCAAAGCGAGAAUUCGAGGAGCUGAUGUGUGCAGACCAAUUGACCAGAGAGCGGCAUAGAAGAAAGGCCUUUUUUAACUUUAAGGAGGAGAAGAUUUUGUUUCCACCCACCUAUCGGUAUGAACGUGGUUCUAGAGACUGUUAUCUAUGGCAGAAAUACAAGUCAAGUGGGGUGCAAGUCAACGGGCCCUCAUGGUGUGAUAGAGUUCUGUGGAAGUCCUACCCAGAGUCUCACAUAAUCUGUACCUCAUAUGGAUGCACAGAUGACAUCUUCACCAGUGAUCACUCUGCUGUUUUUGCUACUUUUGAAGUGGGUGUGAUAUCACAGUUUCCCAGAGCAGAAUUGGGUUCAGAGAGAGCCAGUAUUGAGCUGGAGGUGAUUGAGGCCAUAGUGAAAACUGCUAGCAAGGCCAAGUUUUUCAUCGAGUUUCACUCCCGCUAUCUAGAAGAGCCUCGACGUUCUGCUGAGAAUGACUCACAGUACUGUGAGGUAGCAGGAUUUCUCAAACUUGGCUGGUCUUCAAAACAGUUCCCCAAGCUCCACCCAGUGUUCUCCGAUCUAGAGCAUCUCCGGGAUCUGCACUUGUUGUUGUCUGUGAAGUCAUGUGAUGGCUUUGAGUCAUACGGGGAAUGCUGUGUGGCUCUUCGCUCGAUAACAGGCAAAUUAUCGGAUCCAUUUGAGACAUGCUUGACUCACAGAGGAGAAGAGAUGGGUUCUAUUCGUGGUCGAAUCAGGGUUAAUGUACCACCAGACCGCCGAAGGGUCCGGGAAAGGGUCUACGAGUGGCUCUGCAUGGAGAAGGAUGAGAAGGAAACUACAAAAGAUCAUUUGUCUCGACCGUCUUCUUGUGCAUACCCAACCCAAGCACCAUCAUCCUCAUAUAUGGCAGCGCCAAACAGCUACACCAAUCCUGCAUACUUCAUCUUUGAAGGGGUGCCUGUGUUGCGAAGAGUUGAAGAGAUUCCCUCAUCCAGCAAAAAAUCCCAAGUAGAAAGGACCAAAGAUGCUGUGAUACAGCUCCCUAGAGUGACUGAAGGUCACAGCCAUGACAAAAGGUCUAAUCGGAGGUCCGAUUUCACAGAGAUUGACAUUCCUGGAUCUUUAGCACCCUAUAAAUCAUCUUGCGAGAAUCAAAGUGAACUGACAUCAACUGCGUCCUCUUAUCAGCUCUUCCCAGGUCCAGAUGUUCCUAAUACAUCCCCAAACCAAAAACACACCACCUCCUCCAAUAUAUCUUUACAAUUACAAUCCCAUAAGAACAGUAUGACACAGGAUUCAGUAUUAUCAGUCAAAAAAGUCACAAACUCCUACAUGAACAGUUCUGUUUUUUGUCGGGACAUUCAGGCACCACUCAAAGAAAAAGUCAGAAAGGACUAUAACAGGAUACACCAAGUUCGACCCAUGCCAAUACGAAAUGGACCAAAGCUGUACCCAUAUAUGUCCACAACAGUUCCUGUUCAUGAAUCCUCAGCACCUUGGACAGUAGAGCAGUCAACUACAUCUUCAGGAGACAACUCACUUACAGCCCUCCAAAUGGCUAAAUCACUAAGUGAGGUGGAUUUUCAGCCAGUAGACAGGAAGUACCAAUAUAAUCAAAUAUCGUCUCAGGAAAGACAUCAUGGAUAUGAUUAUGGUUUAGCUAGUGAGAGAAACUACAGCUGGGAGAAAGAGGUGUCAGUCUUACAUGGAGCUCCAGAAACAGUGUGGGAGCUGCUAAGCACAUUGGGUUUGCAGCGCUACACGCUGGACCUUAGCCGUAACGGCUGGGAUGAUCUUGAUUACUUCAGUGGUAUUACAGAGGAGGAGCUGUGUGCAGCAGGUGUGUCUAACCCGUCUCAUCGACGAAGAAUCUUGGAGAACCUUCCAAAGAUCUGGGACUGAACUGAAAAGAAACUGAGACUAUAUGACAAGUUCAAUAUUUGUAUUCUUUAUACAUAUAUUUUUUUAACUCUUCUUCUUUCUGUAAAUGAUCGCAUGGUGCCACCACUGUGUGACACACACCCGGGUCUGAUCAACCUGUGGUGAGCCAACCCCGGCAGAGGGUGUCUUGUGAUAAGUGGCCGAAACACCCAAUGAGGUCGGGCACACAACUGAAGAUGUGUCACACUGGUGGCACCAUGAGAUCUGUGCCAAAUUUCACCCCUUUAACAACCAGUCCUACUAAGAAUCCUGUAAUUUCUAAAGUUCAUUCAUUAAUACAGUUCAUCACACAAUGUGUUAAUUCUGUCCCUGUGGUCCUCAGCAUACAGCGUGGAAUAAACUACAGUUCAACAACUGCUUCUAACAAUCAAAACAAAUCAUGGCUAUCACUAAAAUACAGACUCUUCAUUUUUUUUACAUUAGCUUUGACCAUCUUGAUACUCAUACUGUGUAUUUAGCACAACAAUUUGAUCUUAUCAUUAGCUGUGAAAUGUUCUGGUUCAGUACCUUGUCUGGUGAUUGAAAAGUAGCUUGCCCAUAUCCCUGUUUUUAGCCUAGUUGCUGUAUUUUUUCCUAGGAGACCCCUUUAAAAGUUUAAAAGUGCAUAAACCAACCGUUUGCUAAAGGAGACAGCUGAUCUAUUUUUUAAAGUGGAAUAAAUAUUUUACUAUUUACCCCAGGGAUUUAAUUGCAGUGAUGCUGUUUCCUCACUUUACUUAAAAGUAGGGCUGUAACGAUUCACUCGUUUUCUCAAUGCAUCGAUUAAAAACCCUGACGAAGUAUAUGCAUUGAUCUUGAAACAUGAUUUUUGAAUCGUGAAUAGCUGAUCUCACUCACAUGACAUGCAAGAAAAAAUAAAUAAAUUGUGCGCAUGAUUUAAUAAUUAGUUCCCUCAAUGUACUAAAACGUCCACACGAUUACUAUUGCGUUCCUUCGAAUUGCGUUCCCUCUAUUUGCUAAAUCGUGCUAUUGGCUAUCAAGUAGCACAUCUAGGUUCCUAACUGAUGACGAAAAAUUUACAGAGCAGCCAUCAAGUCUUAGACAGCAUUAUUGCAUGCAGAGUUUUUAGGUCCUACAAUUAAAACUUCUUUUUUUUUUCAGAAUUUAGCAGUAAGAGAUUGCGCGUCAUCCAGUUUUUUAUAUCGACUCACCAGGCCGUGAAGAAA